AGCCACGCACUACAAAUCCCACGUUUCCUUCUGUCUGCUUUCACCUUCUUUACAGUGAUUGUUUCUUGAUUUCUCUUUUUAUUUUAUCUCAUUUUCGACUUUCGUUCUUCAUUAUUGUUGUGCUUUGCUGUUUGUCAUAAAUACGUUCUUCGGGUAUUUCUUUCUGGUGUUGUUCUCUUCGUUUGGUAUCAGAGAAAAGAAAAAAGAAACUCAAAGAUGUCAAGCUCCAACCCUAUUUCUGCACCAGAACAACUCUGUUACAUCCCUUGCAACCUUUGCAACAUGAUUCUCGCGGUGAAUGUUCCAUGCAGCAGCUUGUUUGAAACCGUGACAGUUCGAUGCGGGCAGUGCACCAAUCUGUAUUCGAUAAACAUGGCAACUUCUUUUCAAUCCAGAGCUGGAAAAGAUAUUCAGGUGCCUAACUAUACAUCGUCAGAGUAUAGAAUCCAGUUAAGCUCUUCUUCCAGAGGCAAGAACAAGCUGCCAAAGCGACCAACAAGAACCACUCAACAAAGGGUUGGGAAUCGACCUCCUGAGAAGAGGCAUAGAGCACCUUCAUUGUACAAUCAGUUCAUCAAAGAGGAGAUUCAAAGGAUCAAGAUGAACAAUCCUGAUAUCAGCCACAGGGAGGCAUUUAGCACUGCUGCUAAGAACUGGGCACGCUUCCCUCACAUUGAUUUUGGACUCAUGUUGGAGGCUGAUAACCAACCCAAGCUGAAUGAUGCUUCGACCGAGCAUUUCCAACAGCUGCUUAAGUGAAAAUGGGUAUUUCGCUUUCGAAGAUGAUUGUAGUGAUAAAUGUGUUUCUCUGUGUGUUGGUUGGAAGUGAAAGGCUUUUAUUAUAUAUGAAGGCCGAACG